AUGGCUCCCUUUCUGGAGAACAGCGACCUCGUGUCAACCACCCCCAACACCCACGCCCGUAGCAACAAAUGCUACUCAUGGGAUUGCCUCACUUCUUCAGAGCAGGCUGGCAUUAUUGUCAGCGUUGUGGCAACCUCUGUAAUUCUUCUAUUCGCCUAUAUGUAUUACCUAGGCAGACUCACAGAAGCCCAUCGGCAAGUCAUGAUCUCACGAUCAAGACGAAACCGAGCUCAGAGGGCAAACUUCAUCCACUUCCAUGAGGUGUCACUUGUUCAGCUACCUGUGGUGCCGCAAUACCCUAGUGAGAACAUACUCUAUGCACCUUUCGCCUAUCAUCCAGAGCCUCUAGUGGCGAGCUACCAGCCUGGAACUGCUCGUGUUAUCAUACCUUCGCACACGAUGCCGACUAUUGUGCCUGCCCAACCCACGACAUAUGUACAUGUACCUGUCACUCCAGAUGUCAGCAACAAUCGGGUACAGAACUCACCUCGACCCGUCGAAUCAACACCAUCUAUCUCACUAUCAUCUCCUUCUGAUUCAGAAGUCAAUGUCAAUCACGAAAGAGAAUGGUGGAGGCGGCUUUGUCGGGUUUUGGGCCUUCCGGUAGGUAGAGCCUCGACUAUUGCCAGCGACUCUACCCCGAGCUCUCCUGGGAUUCCCCAACAUCGAGCACAGCGAUCGAGUUCAAGUCGGCCAGGACCCGAAAAUGUCGGAAACAAUCCUACAUCUUUAGAGAACCAGGGGCUUCAGCCAAACACUGGCAAUCAGAACCUCCGUGUCCCUGACCAUGACAGUUCCCAGCAUAGUCCUAUGAGGGGACAGUCGCCUUCAUCAGUUGUAGCGACCGUUCACAGUGAUGACUUCGACAUUGCGUCUCAUUGA